CAUCACGAUCAUUUAAACAAUUGAAUUCCCCACUCCACUGUGAGAAAACACGGUUUUAUGGGAGUCAACAAAGGAUGACACUAAACAUAUUGAAACAACACUCUCUGACACAUUAAAAUGAUUUUGAAAUAGUGUGAGAAACUUGUGUAAGUUUCCAUCUUGUUAACUUUUCUGUUUACCGAAUCCAGAACGGUAAUUUGAAAAUCCUAACCGGAAGCAGCAUGCUACCGUGUUGUCCCGCUUGAUCCCGGUAGAUGCCGCUUCACCCCCUCCAUUCAUUUCAUUCGCACAAAGUCGCAUCCCAGCAGCGCCCUCCCCUCCUGUUUCUCUCCGCCUGGAAAGAUGGCUGCUCCGGUGCUGCUGAGAAGCUCCGGCCCGCCGCUCUGCCCGAGCUUCGCGGAGGUCUGUUCGUUCCUGGAGCGGUACGGAGCAGUGCUGGACCUGCCCGAGAUGACUUUCCCGCAGAUGGAGAGAUAUCUGCGUGACACAACGACAGUUCCUAAACCCCUGGUGGAGCUCCACGUGAAGCUGCUCAGAAAACUGGGGAGGUCUGUGACGACUGACCGCUGGGAGAAAUACCUGGCUAAG